AGCAGUGAGUUUCCAGCAGUGAUCGCUUGGUAUCGCUAAGGUAGAGGGAGUGCACGUUACUCACAUAUAACAAGAGCUGUUUUUUUUCUUCAUAAGAAACAACAUGAAAUACCAGUUAAGUGUAAUGGUGGUGACAUGGGCGGUGGCUAGUGCCGCUGUCCCGCACGUCUAUGAAGGAAAUGACGACCAUACUGAGCCUAUUAUGUUCGUGCCAGAGUUACCGUGUGCUAAGGAGGGCGGUCUGUGUGGACUGGCUUCAGCGUGUCCCCCAGAUUUCCGUCACCCUGAAGAAGGCUUAUGUCCAGCCCAGAAAGACUUGGGGGCUGAAUGUUGUUUUACCGUGCCAGACAACAUAGUGAGGUGCAAGGAGCGAGGAGGGGAGUGUGUGGAAACCAAGUUAUGCGGACGAGCCCCCAGGGACGCCCAGGGCCAGUGUUCUCAGGGCCAAGUCUGCUGCAUCUUUGUAAACUAACUAACUCCUGACAGUCUCUACGUUCCAAGGGUCGUUCAGGGCUCAUGGUCAAUUGGUCCCUUUGUCUUUAGAACAUUGUGCCCCAAGAGUCAUUCAGGACAAGGCCUGGUACUACAGUCGGGGUCAAAAGUUAUCCCCGCCCAAAAUGAAGCAGCAUCGACCCCAGAGAUGAAACAGUCAGGGUAAGUCAGUUCGGAGACUCAUUCCCGUGACUCAGUUUGAACACAGGAAGCGAACUUUCUUGUUUGGUGACUGAAAUCUAUUCCCAGAGAGACCAAACGCCCCAGCGUCUUCGGGGUCAAGUUCAUCCGACUCUUCCUACUUUAACUGAAGAAGUAAACGCCUCGAUGGAUAUUAAGGGUCAGUUUUGCUGUAUUUUCCUGCACCCUAGAGGAAACCUAAGGUCCAGGGUCUAGUUUACCGCAUCUCCCUGUUUUAACCCUUAGAAAAUUAAAUACCCCAAGGGACAUUUAGGGAAACUGCAUCUUCAGGGUUAGGUCUGUUGUGUCCUUCCCAUUUAACCCUUAUAUUUGUACCCUCUGAGGCACCACCACCACGAAAUCUUUCCUUGUGAUGACAGAUUCUAUCACACCUGACGUAAUGUGGUUGCUUGUGUCAUCAACCACAACAGGCGGAUUUCUUCAACUCUGGUCACCUGUUAUAUCAGAUAGACCCGACCACAUUUACUGAAUGCUGUUCUCCUACCAAUGAAAGCUUCUUGUACUGUAUAUGAAAAGGACAAAAAAGUUUCAUUGUCUUCUUAUUUAUCUUAGAGUUAAGUGUGACUAAUGUUUUAUAUUAUUUUAUUUAACAGUAAAUAAACGGUAACAAAG